AUGGUCCGCUACCGUGUGAGGAGCCCCAGCGAGCGCCCGCGCCAGGGGAGACCUGGGCAGGGGCAGGGGCAGGGGCAGGACCAGGACCAGGACCAAGACCAGGACCUCGGCUCAGACCAGGUGGAGGCCUACAGAACACACCGGGGACGCUGCCACCGGCACCGCCGCCGCUGUUCUCGAAGGAGGCUGCAUCGGAUCCACAGGCGGCACCGCCGGUCCUGUCGCCGCAGGUCCUGUCGGCGCAGGUCCUGCCGCCGCCGCCGUCGGUCCUGCCGCCGCCGCCGGUCUUGCCGCCGCCGGUCCUGCCGCCGCAGGAGACGCUGCUGUAGGCACAGACAGCAGGCGGCGCCACCCAGGCCUGCCCGGCCCUUGCCCCCCCACCCCCAGCUACCCAAGGCUCUUUGCACUGCAGUGGGGAGGGGGGAGGCUUGGGAUCCUACCCAGCCCCAAUAG